GUUUCCCACGCUCGAACAUGACUAAGCUUUUGCAGCGACAGAACAAAAGCUGGCACGAAUUAAUUGGAGUGCAUCUUAAUUAGAAACCUGCAAGAAACACGUACCUUCGCUGGGGAAGUCAACAUCGGAACGACGGGAUAGAAACAAUUCGACCAUAAAAAUCCGCAUGCAAUGCGCUUCCCUGUCGGCUUCCGGCACAGCGCGGAGCCGAGUAUCCAGCAGUGCCAGAAUCCUGCAAAAUGGCAAUUCGUAGAUUCGUGGCAAGACGAGGAUCACCGCAACAGAUUUUCAGCGACAAUGGUACAAACUUUAAAGGUGUCGCCAGAGAACUGGCGGACGAGAUAAAAACCAUUAAUCUUAAAAUAGCGGGUACGUUCACUAACGCCAAUACAGAAUGGCACUUUAUUCCACCUUCUGCUCCCCACAUGGGAGGAGUAUGGGAGAGAAAAGUACGGUCCAUAAAGGAGGCGUUUAAAGUUCUCUCGCAUCGAGAAAAGUUGGACGAUGAAGGUCUUGUGACGCUUUUAACAGAGGCAGAACUAUUAGUCAAUUCUCACCCGUUAACCUGUGUGCCUUUGGAGACGCAUGAUCAAAACGUCCUUACACCGAACAGCUUCCUGCUUAUGAGCUCGAGUGAAGUCAAUCAUUUAAACAGAGUACCAACGGAAGGUACAUCAUCCCUUCGCACUAACUGGAAGUUGAUGCAGCAUCUACUCAAUCAGUUUUGGAAACGUUGGAUUACGUGUUACUUGCCAACAAUUGCUAGGAGAACGAAGUGGUUUACAGAAGUUCCACCAAUAAAGGAAGGUGAUCUCGUCGUGGUGGUGGAUGAAUCAGUGAGAAAUGGGUGGCUGCGUGGACGGGUGGUCAAAACAUACCAUGGUAUAGACGAUCAAGUACGCAAAGCUGAUAUAGAAACGAGCUCAGGUAUUUUACAACGACCUGCUACGAAGGUGGCUCUAUUAGACGUGCUGGAAAUAAGUAAAACCAAUUAGGUAGUGGUUUACGGGUGGGGGUGUUAACGCACGUUCGAUAUAUGCCCCUCGUUAUCGGAGAUAUAUUCAGCGAGUCGACGUUGCUGAGUUCAACUUUGGAGUUGGACAAUAGCCAGCGCAGAACAAUUGGCGCGGAGAUUGGAGUUGGCCGAGAACGAGGGCAGAUAAAAAAGAACCGCAUGCCGCUGCAG